CCAGCUAUCCCGACGAUACCAAAGAGCCCCUGAAUAUGGUCAGUACAAGAUACCUGCUCUUAGCAUGCGGCAUAACCGCCUCAGCUUCGAUCCUUCCAUGGUUCGAGCAGGUUCCGCUAGGACAGUUAAAGUCCAGUUUUCAAUGCGAUCUUCCGCCCGUUCUCGACCCCGCACGCGAUGGACUCCCCUCCGCAGAGAGCCUCUUCACCUCCCACGAGGCAUUGGAAAAACAGGUGAAACGGCACCAAGCGAUCGUUCAAGUCCCCUCGGUCUGCUGGGAUGACCUCGGUGAGAUCGGCACCGAUGAGCGAUGGGCCCCAUUCUAUAGACUGUUCGGCGUUCUGAAGAAAUCAUACCCUGCCGUCCACACUCACGCAAAAAUCGACAAAAUCAAUACCUUCGGCCUCCUCUACACAUUCGAGGGCUCGGAUCCCACCCUAAAACCAACCCUGCUAACCGCACACCAAGACGUCGUCCCCGUCGCAGACGAGUCAACAUGGCGAUACCCGCCCUUCGAAGCCCACUUCGACGGUGAAUACAUCUGGGGUCGCGGAGCGUCCGACGACAAGAAUAGUCUUACGGCGAUUCUCUCUGCCGUUGAGGGCCUUCUCACCGAAGCAAAGUGGAAGCCGCGCAGAACGUUGUUGCUCGCGUUUGGAUUUGAUGAGGAGUGCUCGAGUAACCGGGGCGCGGGACCCAUUGGGAAAGUUAUCACGGAGCGGUAUGGGGAUGAUAGCAUCGCUGUUAUCCUUGAUGAAGGUGGGUUUGGUGCUGAGCCGCUUGAUGAUAAGACGCUUUAUGUGCUCCCCGCGGUCACUGAGAAGGGCCACGUGAAUCUGAACUUUGAGCUUCGCGUCCGCGGUGGGCAUAGCUCCGUUCCGUUGCCGCACACCGGAAUUGGCAUUGUCUCUGAGAUCGUGGUUGCGCUCGAGAGGAACCCGUACGAGCCGGCGAUUAUCGAGGAUAGUCCCGUGCACCGCGCGUUAACCUGCCAGGCACGGUAUUCACCGGGUACGCAGCCGCGGAUUGAACAGCUGCUGAAGGAGGGGAAUCUGGAAGAGCUGGCGAGCGAGUUCGCGGCCACGAGUCCGCUUGCGCGGUUUGUUGUCCAGACAAGCCAGGCGGUCGAUAUCAUCGGUGGUGGUGUCAAGAUAAAUGCUAUGCCGGAGGUCGUGACGCUGGCUGUGAACUAUCGGGUUGCACCGCAUCAGCGGCCUGUUGAGGUCCAGCGGAGGGCCGUGGAGGUUAUCUCGGAUGUUGUAGAGAAGUACGGAUUAAAGGUCCAGGCGUAUGAAGGCGAUGAUGAGUAUCACGACACCUAUCCUGCCAUCGUCAAGAAACGGGACGAUCAAUUCGAGGUCGACUAUAAUGGUACACUCACCAUCACAGCAGAAGGCAAAGGGGAAGCCGCGCCUGUGUCUCCAUCUACUGGACCCGUGUGGGAAGUCUUCUCCGGAACUAUUCGGCAUACGUUCGCCCUGAAAGACAAGACUGUUGUGCCGGUAGGGUAUAUCAUGACGGGAAAUACGGACACGGCCUAUUACUUGAAUCUGUCCCGGAAUGUGUAUCGAUGGACGCCGAGUGUCACCGGAUCGCAGGGGAAUAAUAUCCACACGGUUGAUGAGCGGAUUAAAAUUGACGACCAUCUAAGGGCUGUGAGGUUUUAUUAUAAUUUCGUGAGGAACUUCGACGCGGCUCACCUGUGAAGGAACGUACCGGACUCACCCACAAAAUGGGAGUGGCAGCAUUAAUAUCUGUGUCAUUUGUCCAUAGCAUGCGUUUAGAUCUAGGAUAUAGUGUACGUACAUCUAACUGAGAAACGAUGCGGCAGA